AUGCUCCACGCCACCCGCAACGAACACCGGCUGCGCGGCGCGAAGGAAGUGACUAAAUACGGGAUGAACUUCCACGCUGGUAAAGACCUUAGUUGGAAGAUCACGGGCUUCAAGCUGGAUUCUCUAGAGCAGGAGUGGGUGAAGCGAUUCCCGCCUGAUGAGAGUGAGGGUGAGGUGAAGCAGGGCAAAAAGAAGAUUCAAGACGCAUGUGAGACGUACCUCAAGGCGCGUCGCAAGUUUGAGAGGGCUAUCAGCAAGGAUGAUGAAGCAAAGGAAGGAUUCAAGGAGCUUCAAGACGCUGAUUUUGAGCUCACGAAGCUUCUGGGCAGGAUUAUGAUUAGGCGGCUCAAGAAGAGCAUUUGGUUUGGUGGAACAAUCUCAAGGGCGCAGGUUCCGAAUGAGGUAGCCAUUCAGGCCUCACUGUCAACCAAAGCCUCCGAAAGGGUUUCUAACCUUAUCGAUUCGAGCCUUGAAGGAUCCGACGCCAUCAGCCGCGAGGCGUUGAGCUCGUCCAGUCGUCUUGCGCGUCAGGUGAACAUCUUUCCAGGCCUUAUCGACCUGUUCAUGGAGAAGAGCAAAGAAGACCGCAAACCUUUCACCAUCAAAGAUGUUGUGGAAAACAAGUGGGAUUCGGAUAAUCGAAAGGAGUCACCAUUCUAUGGCAAGAUGAGGCAUAUGGCAAGAGGAAGCGGCAAGCUGCCCGUGUUGAGAGAUAUUAUCUCCCAGCGCCCGGAUCUUCCAGGCCAAAAAGGAAAGGGGAAGCUCCUGAUAGGCUCAAUUGAUCCAUUUCUAGCUUUCCUGGUCUGGAGGUACCUCGUACAGGUGUUGAAGCUGACAUCUAAGGAGGUCAGAUACGUGCGAGCCGACGAGCGAGACGAGCUUGCCCGUAGGUUUCAGCUGGAGCCAUCGAGUCCCAAUUCCAUCGACAUAUUGGUGACUUCAAUCAACCUCCUCGCUACCGGUUUUGACCUCGAAAAGCACUACCGCCACGUCAUUCUUAUGGAGCCCGACUAG